GGCCACGUGAGGGACGCACGUUCAGUGGGGCUCUCACGUGACCCGGGGCGCGCUGCGGCCGCCCGCGCGGACCCGGCGAGAGGCGGCGGCGGGAGCGGCGGUGAUGGACGGGUCCGGGGAGCAGCCCAGAGGCGGGGGGCCCACCAGCUCUGAGCAGAUCAUGAAGACAGGGGCCCUUUUGCUUCAGGGUUUCAUCCAGGAUCGAGCAGGGCGAAUGGGGGGGGAGACACCCGAGCUGGCCCUGGACCCAGUGCCUCAGGAUGCGUCCACCAAGAGGCUGAGCGAGUGUCUCAAGCGCAUCGGGGACGAACUGGACAGUAACAUGGAGCUGCAGAGGAUGAUUGCCGCCGUGGACACAGACUCCCCCCGAGAGGUCUUUUUCCGAGUGGCAGCUGACAUGUUUUCUGACGGCAACUUCAACUGGGGCCGUGUUGUCGCCCUUUUCUACUUUGCCAGCAAACUGGUGCUCAAGGCCCUGUGUACCAAGGUGCCCGAACUGAUCAGAACCAUCAUGGGCUGGACACUGGACUUCCUCCGGGAGCGGCUGUUGGGCUGGAUCCAAGACCAGGGUGGUUGGGACGGCCUCCUCUCCUACUUUGGGACGCCCACGUGGCAGACCGUGACCAUCUUGGUGGCUGGAGUACUCACCGCCUCCCUCACCAUCUGGAAGAAGAUGGGCUGAGGCCCCCAGCUGCCUUGAACUGUGUUUUCCUCCAUAAAUUAUGGCAUUUUUCUGGGAGGGGUGGGGAUUGGGGGACAUGGGCAUUUUUCUUACUUUUGUAAUUAUUGGGGGGGUGGGGAAGAGUGGUCUUGAGGGGGUAAUAAACCUCCUUCGGGACACA